CAUUGAGAAAUUUAAUUUGCUGGGCAUAUUUUUUUGUAGUGAAGAGGAAGCAAUGAUGAGGGCACGUUGUCUUCUUGCACGCAUUGCGUUGAUUUUCUUAGCAUUGAGUGAAGUGGAGGGACAACUCAGUUCGACUUUAUAUGAUACUACGUGUCCAAAUCUAUCAUCGACAGUCCAAGCUGCUGUGAAUUCUGCAGUCGCCACCGAAGCAAGGAUGGGCGCCUCCUUAGUCCGACUUCACUUUCACGAUUGUUUUGUUAACGGUUGUGACGGGUCGAUACUGUUGGACGACUCGACUAACAUAACCGGUGAAAAAACCGCUGGUCCAAACAACAAUUCUGUAAGAGGAUACGACGUAAUCGAUACCAUCAAAUCACAAGUCGAAGGAAUUUGCAGUGGAGUUGUGUCUUGUGCAGACAUUGUCGCCCUUGCUGCUCGUGAUUCUGUUGUCGCGUUGGGAGGACCAUCAUGGACAGUACUGUUCGGGAGGAGAGACUCGUUAACUGCGAACCAAACCGGUGCAAACAGCGACCUUCCGCCGCCCACAUCGAGCCUCAGCAAUCUUAUCUCAAGAUUUAGUGCCAAGGGUCUUUCUACGCAGGACAUGAUUGCCCUUUCAGGUGCUCAUACAAUUGGUCAAGCGCGGUGUACCAGUUUCAGAACCCACAUCUACAAUGAAACCAACAUAAACAGCACAUACGCCACUUCUGUGCAGGCUAACUGCCCUUUUAGUGGCGGAGACGACAAUCUGUCACCCUUAGAUGUACAAACUCCCACUACCUUUGACAUCGACUACUACACAAAUCUGAUAAACCAGCAAGGACUUCUCCACUCCGACCAGGAGCUUUUUAAUAAUGGAUCUGCUGACUCUCAGGUUACCACCUAUGCUAACGACCAAACCACUUUCUUCAGUGAUUUUGCAGCCGCCAUGGUGAAUAUGGGUAAUAUAAGCCCCCUCACUGGUACCAGUGGAGAAAUCCGAACGAACUGUAGGGUGCCCAAUUGAAUAUUAUUGCUAUAUCUUUGAGUCAGUUAUUAUUUUCGCUGUUCUGUAGUGAGCUAAAUUGUUGAAUAGAGCUCGGGAAAUUUUGUUGUACGUAAAGCUUGACAGUGGACAUCAAGUAUUAUAUUUAUGGGGGAAAACACUACUUUGUUACGAACCUUUGAAGGUGUGGUGAAAAUAGAGGGUAAAAUUAGCAGUCUCUCAAUAUAGUUUAGUAAAGAAAAUCAACUAUUCAAGAAUUCCGUAGUGGUUGCCAAAAGCAUAAAAAUAUUGAGUUGUAUCUCUGAUAAUGUUAGAUAUAUGUUUAUUUUCUAUCUCUAAUUAAAUAAGAGCUGGUUAUUGGGAUGGUUGAAGAUGGUUGUAACACCCCAUAUUAUUUAUAUGUAUUGUUCUGUAGUGUUUUAAUAUAAUGGUUGUGUCCUUCAAA